CAAUGGUUGAAUGACUGUGGUGAGGUUAGGGUUACACGCCAAGUGCUUAUACCAUUUUCUAUUGGUAGGUACAAGGAUGAGAUCUUGUGUGAUGUGGUACCUAUGCAGGCAAGUCAUAUGUUGUUGGGUAGGCCGUGGCAAUAUGAUAGAAAAGUCCAACAUGAUGGGUUCAAUAACAAGUACUCCUUUACUUAUGAAGGACAGAAGGUUAUACUCGCUCCUUUAUCACCUCAAGAGGUAUAUGCUGAUCAAAUAAAGAUGCUAGAGAGGGAGAGGGAGGCUUCGGCCUUGGCUACAAAGGGGAGUGAGAGCUUGAGUUCUGCGGUAAAAAUGAGAGAAAAGUGUGAGUCUAAGGGUAAAGAGACAUUUUAUGUGAGAGCGAGAGAGGCUAAGAAUGCUAUAUCUUUAGGGCAGCCCAUUUUGCUUAUAAGAUAUAAGGAGAUUUUAUUUGCUGACACUGAUAUUAACCUUUCUUCUUUGCCUUCUAGUUUUAAGUCUAUGAUGCAGGAAUUCACUGAUGUCUUUCCGGAUGAGCUACCUAGUGGAUUGCCACCGUUGAGGGGGAUUGAGCAUCAAAUAGAUUUCAUACCUGGUUCUAGCAUUCCAAAUAGACCAGCUUACCGAAGCAAUCCAAUGGAAACAAAGGAAAUGCAAAGGCAAAUUGACGAGCUUAUGGAGAAGGGAUUGGUGAGAGAAAGUUUAAGUCCAUGUGCUGUUCCUGUGCUGCUUGUUCCAAAGAAGGAUGGCACUUGGCGAAUGUGUGUUGAUUGUAGAGCAGUUAACAAGAUCACAGUGAAGUAUAGGCAUCCUAUACCUCGGCUAGAUGACAUGUUGGAUGAGCUUCACGGUGCCAGGUACUUUACAAAAAUUGAUCUUAUGAGUGGAUAUCAUCAGAUUAGGAUGAAACCUGGUGAUGAAUGGAAAACUGCAUUUAAGACAAAGUAUGGUUUGUAUGAAUGGUUAGUUAUGCCUUUUGGUUUGUCAAAUGCACCUAGUACGUUUAUGAGGCUAAUGAAUCAUGUGUUGCGUGCAUACUUAGGAAAAUUUGUAGUUGUUUACUUUGAUGACAUCUUGAUCUAUAGCAGGUCUCUCGACGAACAUAUUGAGCAUGUUAGGUUGGUUCUGCAGGUUUUGAGGCAAGAGAGCUUAUAUGCUAAACUUAAGAAGUGCACAUUUUGUAUAGAUAGACUUGUUUUCCUUGGUUUUGUUGUGAUUGCACAGGGCAUUGAGGUAGAUGAAGAGAAGUAUAAGCAUGGGAAAAACAAUGUGGUUGCAGAUGCUUUGUCUAGGAGGUAUGCUUUAAUUAAUGCUGUGAGUUCUAAAUUGCUUGGUUUUGCGCAUGUUAAAGACUUCAUACAUUCUUCUACGGGGUUUUCUCCAUUUGAGCUUGUUUAUGGUUUUAACCCACUAACUGUACUUGAUCUUGUUCCUUUACCUUUACAUGAGCUUGCUAGUUUAGAUGGUGCUAAAAAGGCAGAAUUGGUGAAGUCCUUACAUGAGAAGGCUAGGUCUAACAUAGAAAAGAGGAACAAGGUGUAUGCUGACAGGGCAAAUAGGAGACGGAAGAAAGUAGUGUUUGUUCCUGAUGAGCUACCUAAUGGAUUGCCACCGUUGAGGGGAAUUGGGCAUCAGAUAGAUUUCAUACCUGGUUCUAGCAUUCCAAAUCGACCAGCUUACCGAAGCAAUCCAAUGGAAACAAAGGAAAUGCAAAGGCAAAUUGACGAGCUUAUGGAGAAGGGAUUGGUGAGAGAGAGUUUAAGUCCAUGUGCUGAUCCUGUGCUGCUUGUUCCAAAGAAGGACGGCACUUGGCGAAUGUGUGUUGAUUGUAGAGCAGUUAACAAGAUCACAGUGAAGUACAGGCAUCCUAUACCUCGGCUAGAUGACAUGUUGGAUUAG